GAUGAACGUCGUUUGCUUGUUUUGCUUGCUUGCCGUCGUUCGAAACUACUACUACUACAACUACUGCUACUAUGGCAGCUUCUUUCUACUACUACCAUUACUACAAACUAGUACUCCCCCCUCACUGGGGGUACCACACCGCUGCUGCUGCCUAUGUAAACAAUGAAGUCCCCUCGAGCAUUACCAAGCCAGCGCUGGGCACGACUCGUUGUUCUACAGCAUGCUUGCUUGCCUGUGAGUGAGUGAGAUUGCGCUGCGGCUUGUGGCCAUGGCGCGCCUGCUCUGCUUUCUCCGGCUUCUAAAACCGCCUGAGAUUCUGUGCUAGCGGAAGCCGUAGCUGGCGAAUUGGGUCAGGCGUUUCACGACAACUUGUGUGAGGGAUCCGUGAUGGCUUUUAGAGGUGGUCGUGGAGGCAAAAUUUUUAAGACGAGGGAGAGAGAAGCGGGACUUCGUAACGGUUUUGUGUGUUGGGUAAUGUAACGGUCUGCGAGUGUGUAUGAGGUUGGGUGGGGAGAGGAGAGGGGGCGGGGAGUUGGGUUUGGUUUUCAGUUUCCGGGGUGUGAGUAAGAGGGUUUUAGAUUAGGAGUUUUUGACGGGAAGAGAAUGUUUAGUGUAGGGAGGAGGGAGGACAAGAUGACGAAGAGCGUGAUGAAGUAUCAGAUGAGGCAUACCGGGGUGGGGCGGGGAGCGGGACCUGGAGCGGGCCUGGAGAGGGAGUUCCAGCACCAUCAGCACCAGUACCACCACCCACAUCAUUACCACCCUCGUCACCACCACCGCGUUGGCGACGGAGGGGCCGCUUUUGAGAGCGGGUAUACGACCUACAAGGUCACUCCCCAGGUGAUGCAGGUGUCCGGAGUAGUGCAGAAGAGUAAGACCGUGGAAGAGUUGGAACUAGUGAAAACCAAAGGGGUGUCUCAGGCAGGGGCGAUUACUCGGGGCGCCGAGUCGCCGCCGUGGACCAUGUUACCGAAAGAUCUAAUAGAGAAAGUGUUUGCAUUUUUGCCCUUGCACAGCUUGUUCCAAGCGCGAUGCGUUUGCAAGUGCUGGAAGAGCGUAGGCAUCUCGAACAAUCUUGUUAAGUUGUGGGCAGAGGCGCCUGCGUCACCCCCGUACUUCCCCGUGUUUUUGUCUAAGUCCGAGGACCGGCGAUGGUGCGGUUAUGAUCACGUGCAGCAGAAGUGGCUGCAUCUCCCCCCGCUCACAUUCCUCCCGAAAGAAGCGAAGCAUAUUCUGGCGGGCGAUUGCGGGCUUCUUUGCCUGAGCGAAUCACCAUCCACGGCAUUAAACUAUGUAUGCAAUCCCGUUACCCGGAGCUUCAAAAAAGUGCCAUCGCUAUCCCAGGACUAUGAGCCUGGUAUUACGCAUAUGGUGGUGGAUGGGCAGAGCCAGGGUUUCAAGAUGAUUGUGACACUCACCCAUUAUCUGGAAAGUACACAUGUAUUUGAAUCGCGGCACAAUUCGUGGCAGGCCACGAGCUGCUUGCCCCCGCACUUCCUGCUUUGGGGUAGGCGGAGCUCUGCGUUUUGUAAUGGCUUUCUUUAUUGCGUGGCGCUGGAAGUUGGUGGCAUGAAUAUGGAAGGGCUGAUUGCGUAUGAUGUCCAUUCUGGCGUUUGGACCGAUGUACAUGAGCUUCCCAGGGGGAUGAGGGACGAUCCGUAUGUGCUUUCAUGCGGCGGUCGUGUGCUUGUAGUUGCCGCUCAGAAGAACACCAAUGGUCGGCUCACGAGCAUUCGAAUUGUGGAAUUUGAGCCUGUUUCCAGACGGUUUCUCGAGGUCACUGAGAUGCCUCAGAAUGUGAUGCUGGACGUUUUCAAAUGCAGGGGCGGAUGGAAGCCCGUGGCGUUUGGCGACAGGAUCUGUGUGGCAUCGAAGAAGACCCUCUCCGUUGCAGUUUAUGAUAUGGUGCGCAGAUCGUGGCAUGAGUUGCCCAAAUGCCCCCUCAAUACCAAGGUGGAUGUGGCUACAUUCUGCUACGGACCUAGCUUACAGUUUUUUCAAUGAGGAUCUACUUCCUCGUUUUUUUCUUCUCUUUACUCCUUUCCUAUCUUGUAAUUAAAAGCCCCCGGACUGUAACUCCAAUUCUUUCUCGUUUCCGCUCUGGCCAGUAUUCCUCUUGCAUGCGCUGUCACUCAGCUUCUCAAUGUUGCUUUACCCUCUGACAUGCGCGCAAUUGGAUCUCUGUAAAUUCCAGACCCCAGGUUUGUAGUCUUUGCUUGCCAUCAUACUAUAUCAAAUUGCGUAUCUGGUUAUUUUGUGUACUGAU